AUGGAACAGCACUACCUCAGCUGGUUAUGGAACAGCACUACCUCAGCUGGUUGUGAAACAGCACUAACUACCUCAGCUGGUCAUGGAACAGCACUAACUACCUCAGCUGGUCAUGGAACAGCACUAACUACCUCAGCUGGUCAUAGAACAGCACUAACUACCUCAGCUGGUUAUGGAACAGCACUAACUACCUCAGCUGGUCAUGGAACAGCACUAACUACCUCAGCUGGUCAUAGAACAGCACUAACUACCUCAGCUGGUCAUAGAACAGCACUAACUACCUCAGCUGGUCAUAGAACAGCACUAACUACCUCAGCUGGUCAUAGAACAGCACUAACUACCUCAGCUGGUCAUGGAACAGCACUAACUACCUCAGCUGGUUAUGGAACAGCACUAACUACCUCAGCUGGUCAUAGAACAGCACUAACUACCUCAGCUGGUCAUGGAACAGCACUAACUACCUCAGCUGGUCACAAAACAGCACCUGGCUGCUCACAGCCUCCAAGACAGCCAAUGGAUGAUCAGUUCUAUUCUUUAGCAAUGGUUACUGACCGCUUGACGAAAGAAGGGUGA